UUAAACGCAAAACCCCAACAUAAAGCCCUUCGCUUCCCGCACCGACCUAGACCCCUUUCCAAAGCCCAAAGGCGAGCUCCUGAAUCCUCGUCGAGGACAUGUGGCACCGGGCCUUCGUCGUCGGUGGCGGCGCCGCUCUCCCUUGGCGCUCCCUUGCCCGGCGAUCUCUCUCCUCCGGCUCCUCCGGCGCCGUGGACUCCAUCAUCCUCCGCUCCCUCAAGGAACACUACCUCGAAGUCUCCAAAAUGACCCCUCCUCCGAAAGUGAAUCCGCCAUCGCCGUACACAAUCGUGAAGGCGGCGCUGGACAAGGACGGACCGGUCCUUCGGAGAUCCUACAAGGACGAGGAGAUCACCAUCUCCGUGAUGCGGCUCGCCAACAUCAUGCCCGCCGGAGCCGAGGGCGACGACGGCGAUGACUCCAUCAACCAGCUGUUCCUUCACGUCGACGUGUCUAAGCCCGAGAGGGAGGACUCUCUCCACUUCCUCUGUGGGCUUUACCCGGAUGCGGUCGGUAUCCACUCUGUCUGUCUCCGGCCAAAGGUCGCGGCGUCCUCUGGCUCGGUCUCCUUGUCCAAGUACCAAGGGCGUGUUUUCCAGGAGCUGGAACAGAAGAUGAGGGAUGCAUUCCAUAUCUACAUAGAGGCACGUGGUGUGAAUGAGAGCCUUUUUCCAUUUCUCCAAGCAUGGCUUUAUGUCAAGGAUCACCGAAACCUCAUGCAUUGGUUUAAGAGAGUCGGCACAUUCAUCAAUGAGCACAAACCAGCUUGAGCUUCAAUUUUUCUGUGUUCAGAUCUUUGGGAGUCAGUGGUCGCUUGCUCUCACCAUGCAUUCCCAUAAAGUCAUCUACUGGCUCUAAGUUUCGAACAUUCAAGUCCAAUAGACUCACUAAGUUAUGUCGUCUACGGGAAGAAAAUGAUGUUGGAAAUGCUUACAUGCAGCAUGUUCAACAAAUGAAAAUGUAAAAGAAGUGUUUCUCAUCUUUACAAUUGUUUACCGGCGGGAACUGAUUGAUACUGGGGAAUUUGGAUUAGAUGUAUUUGAGAGAUUGUCAGCAAUUGUAGGUUAUGAACAAAGGUUUGUACCUCUAGUAGGAUGACAGUUUAUUUUCUUUUCUUUUGUUUUUUUUUUUGAAAUUUGUUUUCAUCAUCGUCAAAAAAUAAAGAAAGUUCUUAA